ACAAAAAUAACUGGUUCGUUUAGCUACUCCGUCGGCGUCACUGCCACUAAAGUAGCAUUAUGCGAAACUGACUGUAAAUAAAUAGCAACCCCAGUUCCCAGUUUCAGCAGCUCACGGGUUUUCUUUUCUAGUUUUCUCUUCUCGUCUUUGCCUCUCCAUCUCCCUCGCUAUUACCCACCUCAUUUUACUUUCCAUCCAAUCUCUUUUUUCUCAAACCACAACAUUACAUAAACAGAGGAAAUGAAAAAGCCACAGAGUAGCAUCUUAUCCACCCUUGCGCUACUCGUUCUCAUCACAAGCUGCCCAUUCAAGACUGUCGACGCCGUCGCCAACCCGAUCAAAACGGUGGUCGUUUUGGUGAUGGAGAAUCGCUCCUUCGACCACAUGCUAGGAUGGAUGAAGAAGCUCAACCCGGAAAUCAACGGCGUAAACGGGUCGGAAUCAAACCCGUUAUCGGUGACCGACCCGAAUUCGAAGCGGCUUUUCUUCAAAGACGAGGCGCAGUACGUGGACCCGGAUCCGGGUCACUCGUUCCAGGCAAUAAGGGAACAGAUAUUCGGGUCAAAUGAUACGUCGGCCGACCCGGCACCCAUGAACGGGUUCGCACAACAAGCCUACUCCAUGGACAACACGAGCGCCAUGUCCAACGAUGUGAUGAACGGGUUUGAUCCUGACAAUGUUGCUGUUUAUAAGUCACUUGUCUCUGAGUUUGCUGUCUUUGAUAGGUGGUUUUCCUCAGUCCCAGCGUCCACCCAACCCAACCGUUUAUAUGUGCACUCCGCCACUUCACAUGGUGCGACCAGCAACGUUGCGUCCCUCUUGGCAAAAGGUUACCCUCAACAAACAAUCUUUGACAACCUGAAUGAUGCGGGCAUUGACUUUGGAAUAUACUAUCAGAACAUACCGGCAACAUUGUUCUACAAGAACCUAAGAAAGCUCAAGUAUAUCUUCAAGUUCCACCCAUACGACCUGUGGUUCAAGCAGCAUGCAAAAGAAGGAAAGUUGCCGGGGUACGUUGUGGUAGAGCAGCGGUACAUGGACACAAAGUUGUUCCCAGCCAACGAUGAUCACCCAUCGCACGAUGUCUAUCAAGGACAGAUGUUUGUAAAGGAGGUAUAUGAGACGUUGAGGGCGAGCCCACAAUGGAACCAAACCUUGUUGGUAAUCACAUACGAUGAGCAUGGUGGGUUUUUCGAUCAUGUGCCUACGCCGGUGCGUGGGGUGCCCUCUCCAGAUGGAAUUGUGGGUCCGGAACCAUUCAACUUCACCUUUGAUAGGUUGGGAGUUAGAGUUCCAACGAUUGCCGUCUCGCCUUGGAUUCAAAAAGGAACUGUUGUUCAUGGGCCAAUGGGGUCACCAACACCAACAUCCGAAUAUGAGCAUUCAUCCAUUCCAGCAACAGUGAAAAAACUCUUUAAUUUGACUUCAUUUUUGACAAAGAGAGAUGCAUGGGCUGGCACCUUUGAGAGCAUUGUCCAGACCAGGACCGAACCCAGGACGGAUUGCCCAGAGAAACUUCCAACCCCUGUAAAGAUGAGGCAGGGUGAGGCGAAAGAAGAUGGUAAAAUGAGUGAAUUUCAACAGGAGUUAAUUCAGCUUGCGGCGGUAAUUAAAGGGGAAAAUAUCUUGACUAGUUACCCAGAUAGAGUAGGGAAGAACAUGACAGUGAAGCAAGGGAAAGAUUACAUGGAAAAGGCGGUUAGAAGGUUCUUCCAAGCAGGGCGUUACGCAAAGAAAAUGGGAGUCAGCGACGACCAUAUUGUUCAGAUGAAGCCUUCUUUGACCACAAGAUCAUCCAAACCAACAAACACAAAUCCUUAGCCAGUUGCUUCAUAGGGUCAAAUGAAAGAAGUGCAAUCGUGAAAUAAUAUAUAGAAUUCAAACAAAAUAUAGUUCUAUACAGUUGUAUUUACACGGUAUAAAAAGUAUAUAUGCUGUAUUAUAUAGAAAAAUAUUAAAUAGUUAUAUAA